AUGUGGUGGCUAGAUCCUGGCAAGGAGCUCCUCAAUGUCUUAUUUAAUCGUAUUCUUGCUCCUUAUGUCAUGAAUCUCGACUUGAAUCAAGUAAACUAUGGCAUUGGACAAGGGCAACUUACCCUCAGGAAUCUGAAAUUAAAGAAGGGUGCGCUAGAUAAAUUUCAACUUCCUGUUGAUGUAUUAGAAGGUCAUCUCGGCAAAUUCACCCUUUCGCUACAUUGGAUGAACUUGGGCAAUCAACCCGUUGAAAUUCUCGUGGAAGAUGUUUAUCUUCUUGUAGUUCCCUCUCCUCAAACGAGUACGGAUCCCGAAGAAGACGAGGCGCGAGCACAGGCUGCGAAAUCAGAGCGUCUUGAAAAUGCCGAACUACUACAUGUUCAAAGUCAGGCAGCUGGGCAGUCAGAUGAUUCCACUCAAUCACAAGGCCUCGUGCAAUCCAUCAUAGCGAAGGUUAUAAACAAUGUUCAGGUUACCGUGAAAAAUAUUCAUAUACGAUACGAGGACAACAUGAGUGUUCCCGGGCACCCCUUUGCCGCUGGGCUUACAUUGGCCGGGUUUACGGCUGUUUCCGUGAAUAGCAAUUGGGAAGCUGCAUUCAUUGAAAGUACUGCUGGAGCCAUACAUAAAUUGGCAAAACUGCAAUCAUUGGCGCUCUACUUCGAUACCGAUUCGCCUAGCAUGGCCGGCCUCCCGACUGUGGAGUCUAUCAAAAAGUUUUCUUCGAUGAUUUCGCAUACAGAUGAUGAUGGACAACAUCAAUACAUUCUUAAACCGGUGUCGGGAGAGGGCAGGAUUAUCGUCAACCAUAAAAUUGAUCCUCAAACACCUCGAUUCGACAUUCAGCUUCUCUUUGAAGAAAUUGGGGUUAUCCUUGAUGACAAUCAAUAUCGAGACGCUAUCUCUCUCGCUGACAUGUAUCACGUCUAUCUGCGAAAACGUCAGCAGUAUGGAAAAUAUCGCCCCGCAGAAACAGAAUUUUCAAAAAACCCCGCCAAAGCCCGACUGCAGUAUGCCGCAACCGCUAUAUUAGAGGGCGUCCGUGACAAGAAGAGGAAAUGGACUUGGCAGUACUUUGCGGAACGCAGAGAUGACCGUAAUGCAUAUGUUGCCUUGUUUCAGAAAAAGCUUCUCAACCCAGCUUUGAUUGGACCGGACCUUCAGAGUCUGCAAACCCUGGAAAAGAAGAUGGCAUAUGAGGAUAUACGAUUCUAUCGAUCUAUUGCCCGUUCAAAGCUCAAGAAAGACGCAGCCUUGCGUAAAAGACUAGAGGCUGAGAAAAAGCAACAGCAGCCUCAGAAACAGGGAUGGGGAGCAUGGUUAUGGGGCUCCUCAUCAAAUGAUACCUCUCAGGAAGACCCUACUUUUGGCGGCCCCAUGACGGAGGAACAACGUCAACAGCUAUAUGAUGUACUGGACUACGACGAAAAGGCGGCACUGGUUGACUCACUCCAAGCAUCCCGUGAUUCCCUGAAGAUGCGAGUGACAGCGAAACUCAAUAAAGGAUCCUUUGGCUUGAAGACGGAUCCCCAUGGCAAAAAUACGGAAGUCAUGUCUGUGGUAUUCGACGUUUUCAGAGCAAACUUCAUUCAAAGGCCCAAUAAUUUCGAAUCAUCCAUAUCAUUAAACUCGUUUAGAGUGUUUGACGGGACAACGGAGAGUUCUUUAUAUCCUCAAAUUGUCCAUGUUAAAACGGAACUUGUAGGAAUGGAUAAUAAAGCCAUUGCGGGCGAAGCCGACACAUCAAAUCCAUUCUUUUUCGUCAAAUUUGAGAAUAAUCCCCUCGACGAAAGAGCAGAUAGUGCGCUGACGGUCCGCAUGCGACACAUGGAAAUAAUAUAUCACAAAGGCUACGUGGAAGCUGUCUACAAGUUUUUCAAGCCGCCCUCCAGCCAAUUGGAGUCUGUGGAAGCCCUUCUGAAUGUAGCGAGUCAGACUUUGGAGGGUCUCCGCAGAGAAACUAGGGCGGGCCUUGAAUAUGCUCUGCAGACUCAUAAAACCGUUGAUAUACAGAUGGACCUGAAUGCUCCUAUAAUCAUUAUUCCAGAAGAUGUUACGACGAACGCAUGCAGGCACCUCAUCAUUGAUGCCGGUCAUAUUUCAAUCGAAAGUGACUUAGUCUCUAAAGAAGCUAUCCACACCAUUCAUCAGAAACGUCACCAAAAAUAUACGGACGAAGAUUACAAGAAUCUGGAGUCACUAAUGUAUGAUAAAAUGUCGCUUCGGCUACAAGAUGCUCAGUUUAUCAUAGGAGAUAAUCUUCACUCUUGUCGAGCUGCACUCAGAUCCGAGUCUCACGACACACUUCAUCUCUUGGAGAGGAUCACAGUGGAUUUACAAAUAGAGAAAUCCAUAGUACCUACUGCAUUGAAUCUAGCUCAAUUCAAAGUUGCUGGAACUUUGCCUUCACUGCAAGUCAACCUAUCCGAUGCAAAAUACAAGUCUUUGAUGAGGCUCGUUGACGUGUGCAUUCCUCAUUUUGAUGAAAACACAGACCCUUCUACACUUUCACCUCAAAGUCAUUCACAUACGUCGACAUUCCCUCUUCCUCCCACAUUGUUUGGGCAAUCAGAAAAUGAGUACAACGUUGAUGAUGACGAUGACAAUGACGAACAGCACCAGGAAUCGGAUUCUCGUACGGUGAUGGAGGAACAAUUUUUUGAAGCCGAAGAUGGAACCUCAGAGCAUCCUGAAUUGCGGCAACAUAUAUUCGAACUUCAAUUCAAAGUCGACAAAUUGAGGGCCGCGGUCUCGCGGUCGACUGCCGAUGGCAUUGACAAAUCGCUCGGCAACCUGGACAUGGAAGGAUUUUCAUUGUCAUUUGCAUUAACCAAAUAUGAAAUGAAUGUCGACAUCAACCUCAGCUCUGUUUCAAUGGAUGUUAUACAACCGAGCGGUCAAUACAUGCAAUUUAUAACUACCCCUGAACUUGGACCUUCUAUUGACAAGGAUCUUCUCCGAAUCUCAUACCACCGAAUACAAAAAGAAUCGCCUGAUUUCAUGACCAUAGCUGAAGGCAUUGACCAAAGUGUUGAUAUCAAAAUGUCUACUCUGGUUUUCCAGGCUGCACCGGAGCCUGUUCUUGACAUUUAUAAUUUUAUCAUGUCAACCUUUGUCACGGAUUCUCAACCAGUUGUGCAACCCAGUGCUGAAUGGCAAGCAAGUGGUAGUAAUGAUGAAAAGGCUGUAGUUUUUGCAGAAUCCGAAGGUAAAAUCCGAGUUUUGAUGAAAUUUGAAGGAAUUCGAGUUACGUUGAUCAACGAAUCGAUAACUCUGGCGACUCUGGCCCUUUCAAUUGCAGAUGUAGCCAUACUUGUUCGUCCCAAAACACUUCGGGUAUCCGGAAGACUAGGCAAUUUGACCUUGACGAAUGACAACAAAAAAUAUGCGAUUUUAGGCGACUUUAACCAACUAGUCUCCAUUGAUGGCAAAAAUUUUGCAGAUUUUAGAUACCAGACUUUUGAUCCAGAGGAAGAUCAUUAUACUGGAGUUAAAUCUUCUGUCCAUUUGGAUGCCGCAUCCAUUAAGUUUCACUUUGUGGAACAACCCUUGCACGACUUAUAUCUAUUCUUUUCCAAGCUGGCAAAAUUGAAAGGGUUAUAUGAUGCUGCCACCCAAGUUGCUGUUCAACGAGCAUCGGAAAUUGAACGCAUGCAAUUUGAAGUUUCGAUAAAAUCGCCAAUUGUAGUAUUUCCUUCAAAUUCGACAUCCUCCUCCGACACACUUGUUUUACGACUUGGCCAGAUCAGCGCUCGGAAUACGUCUGAGGCUCUUGUCAACCGCAUCUUUGCCAGUUUGAACGGUAUCCAACUUGCAUCCUAUCUUGGCCAGGGAGAUACCAACUCUUCCCUCAAAAUCAUUGAUGAUAUUGAUGUUUCGGCAGAAAUUAUUCAAACAAGUAAUAUAGACCGUAAUCAAGAUACCGCUUAUCCAGAUACCCAGGUCGCUGUUAAAAUCUCUGAUGUAAAGUUGCAUCUGACCCAGACACAAUACUGCCUACUAAUGCAGUUGGCGACUGAAAUACCUCGCGUCUUCAUUGGUGCCCCUGAAGUAGAGUCGGAAACAGCAGAAUCUAUUCCCCCCUCCAAAAUCAAGAAGCCUGAAGGAGCUUCAGCAGGCGUUGACCUUCAACCUGAAUUACGAUCCCAGUCUCAACAAAACUGGACCACUGUCGAUCUCGUCGUCUCCGUUAAUACCGUCAAACUCCAUCUCUAUGACUCCCAUGCACUGUCUGAUGACCACCUCAAGGAACAUGGCAUUGCUCGAUUUGCUUUGAACGACAACACACUUCGUUUUAAAUUACUGUCUCACGGAGCUGGUGAAGCUCAAGUCGUUUUACGGUCUUUCACAAUGAGCAACACAAGGCCCGGCAACAAUAAAUUCCGCGAAAUCAUACCAGCAGCGCAACACAACCGCAACCAAUUCAUGCUAUUAUAUACUAUGUCGGGAGGCCAGGAUUCAUCGUCGUUGGCUGUAUUGACUGUCGAUUCUCCACAAGUUAUUUUCGCAAUCGACCCUGUGAUAUCAUUGCUUGAGUUUUUUACGAGCACAUUCAAUGGCAGUUCAUCUCCAUCGUCUCCCCCGGACCAUGUUGAAAGCCAAAAUGAUAUCCAAGUUGCACAAGAGGGGCAGGGUGGCCUAGAAUUUCGGCUUGAUUUACACGACGUUUCUGUCAGCAUCUUGGAAAAUGAUGCUGACCCAGAGUCUCGUGCAAUCCGCCUGUACAUCAACCAAAUUUUGUUCUCGCAGCAGGGUAUUAUGGCGUUGUCUGUCAAUCGUUUGGGAAUGUCUCUCAUGAGAAUGGGCAGAAGUGCUGAAAGUGUGAGGUUCUUAGAUGAUGUGGACCUCACUUUUUCAGUAGAUAGCAGAUCGUCGUCGCAGCAGCAAAUGAUGAACAUUGAACUCACCUCGAAACCUAUAGUUUUCCGUGCUUCGUACAGAGACAUAAAUCUGAUAACAUCAAUUGUCAACAAGGCUAUAGAGAGAUACGGCAACUCCCAAAAAUCUUUCGCCAGCCAAAAGCAAGACACGAUUGCAGAUGGUGGUUCGUCUUCGCAAACAAAUCGGAUUGCAACUCCUUCCCGCAAGUCCGAUGGCACUCGGCCUCAGCCCACAGGGAAAGCUCGAGUUUUAAUGUCGAAAGAAGUGUUAAAAGGAUCUUUUGAUGGGUUUAGGCUGGUCCUCAUCGGUGACUUGCACGAGCAUCCUAUGCUUCAUCUCAAAGUAAAACCUUUCAUUAUUGGCGCUCAGGAUUGGUCUGGCCAGUUGCACGCGACAACUACAAUGACGACAACCAUUACUUAUUGGAAUUUAACAAAUUCGCACUGGGAACCUUUGAUUGACCCAUGGACUUUAACGAUUACAGCUGCAAAAGAUAGCCCUGUUGGUGGGAUUGACCUGAAUCUCUCUGCUCGGGAGCGUCUUGAUCUCAACAUCAGUACCACAUUUGUUGAACUUGCCUUGACAACAUUCAAUUCGUGGAGCCAAGAAGGUGAAUCUCUCCUGCAGAAACCUCGUGGCACAUAUGCGCCAUAUCGCAUCCGCAAUCAAACCGGUGCACCCAUUUUCAUAUGGUCAGAUACAGACAGCACUACAAACACCAAAGACGUCGACGUCGUAAAAAUUCUUCAUGAUCAAUCAAUAGAUUGGAGGUUCGAUGAUUGGAAAACUAUGCGUGAGUUUGUAGAAAAAUCAUGGGAGCAAUUGCGAGGCAUUCCCGUGGAUCGUGAAGGAGAGUUUGUAUUUUCUCUUCGGCCUCGAACUGAGAAAUAUCCUAGUCGCCUCCUAUGUGAAGUAAAGGUUGUAGAGAACACUAAGAUCGUGACCAUUCGUUCAACCUACAAAGUGGAGAAUCUAACACUAUAUCCUAUCGAGUUGAUGUUGGUGGACGAUUCUGGACACCCUGUGUACUCCUUGGAAAGAAUUGUUCCAGGGACGGAGUUCUCACUUCCCAUAGACGCUGUCACCAAAAAUAGGGUCAGGCUCCAACCAGAUCAAGGACUAGGUUAUAAAUGGAGCGCCCCAAUACGUUGGGAAGACCUAAUAUCGAGGAAAAGCUUUACUAUAAAAUGUCCUCAUGGGGACCCUCGAGAAGCUGCCUUCAGGUUGCAAGCAUGGGUGCAUACCGAUUCCACGGAAAGUUCUCCGUUAAAAUAUCCCAAAAUUAAUCUGAAGCUUCGUGCCCCUCUGGAACUGGAAAAUUUGCUGCCAUAUAAUUUGGAAUACCGUAUAUAUGACAAGAAUACCAAUCAAAACUGGAAAAGCUAUCUUCGGCAAGGAGGGAUCAUGCCAGUUCACUCUGUAGAAUUAGGCCAUUUCAUUCUACUCAAUGUCAAUCUGGAGGAAUCAGUUUUCAAGCCUAGUGAAUUUACUAUCAUAAACACAGACGGACAUUCCGAUUUCGACAUCGAGAAUACACUGACGUUACGUGACCAGUAUGACAGGAAAUUAGAUUUGAAAUUGAACUAUGUUCGUCAUCCAGACUCUGGGGGGGCAUUCAAAGUCCAGAUCUAUACACCAUAUAUAAUCGUCAAUAAAUCAGGGCUUCCUUUCGCGGUUAAAUCGACCAGGUCGAAUCGCACAGGUUCUCAAGAUGUUGCAGGAGAUACACGGCCGGAUGUUCUUUCCAAACCCAUCCCCUUUCUCCUUUCUCAUACUAAUAAACAUGGUCACGAAUUUAUGUUUAAAAUAUCUGAUUCACUUUGGUCAAAGCCUAUAUCUUUGGAAGCCCCUUCAGCAGAAACGGAACUAGUGGUUGCCUCACAAAGACAAAAGGCUGACGAAUACCACAUAGGAUUGUCUUGGUCAGAGGGCCUUGGGAAAUACAAAUUGUCGAAAGUCGUUACUCUAACGCCCCGCUUCUUGAUAAAAAACCAGCUACCUGAUUCCAUUGCCUUCCGACAGCAUGGUGCUUCUCCCAGAGACCGUUCUUUAGCUGAACCAGGUCAGAAGUGUGCAUUCCAGGUCCUUCGUUCCGGCGACGAGAAACUUUUGACAAUAGCCUAUCCAGGCCUAAAUGCUCGAUGGUCCCCCCCUAUCAAUAUCGAAGACAUAGGAUCCGUACACUUUCGAUUACCUCGUUUGGGUGACGCUGGUGGCCACGAUCUUGUCCGAGCGGAUAUUCGAAUAGAGGGUUCCACUAUCUUCAUUUUUAUUAGCCUUGCAUCAGGCGGGCCCCCUUUUGUCAUAGAAAACGACAGCGACUAUGAUAUCAGUUUUUCUCAACAAGAUGCGGGACGUGAUCAGCAACUUCGUGAACCACUCAGAUAUAUUGCAAAUGCUCACAGUGCCAUACCUUAUGCUUGGGACUUUCCGGCUGCCAGAGACAAGAAAAUCCUCCUUGCCAUCGGGUCUGCGCGGCGUAUGGUGGAUAUCUUGGAAAUUGGGGACUUAAUGCCCUUCAAAUUCAAUGACCAGCAAAGGGUAAGGGCGGUAUCUCUGGAUGUUCGCGCAGAUGGGGAGAAGCAAAUUCUGCGCAUAACCAAUUACAAUCCCGAUCGCAGUCUUUACAGACCGCGCCAAAGAAACAACUCAUUGUCAGUCUCUAGGCAGGAUACUAUAUCUAGCUCGGCGGAGGCAUUCGAGGCAAUAACAGAAGAGGUGUCUUCCGAUCUCACAGUUGUGAUUGAUUUGGCAGGUGUUGGAAUUUCGCUGAUCAACAAGCGGAUGGUCGAAGUCGUCUACAUGGUUAUGGACACAAUCAAGUUUGAAUAUGCCAACAGUUCAGUUGCCCAAUCAGUUAAUUUAGCAUGUGGGACUCUUCAAAUCGACAAUCAACUCCAUGAAGCAAUAUUUCCUGUCAUACUACAACCAACACCAAUAGCGAAAGAGUCUGCUGGCAUCGGUGCUCUGCCAACUGUUCAAGCCUCAGUCAUAUGGCUGAAGGAUCAAGCCCAUGGUGUCCUGUUCAUCAAAUACUGUUCAAUUCUUCUACAAGCACUAACGAUCGAGGCUGACGAAGAUCUCCUUUUUGCCAUUUACGAUCUCACCCAGAUCAAGGGUGCCUCUUGGGAACAAGGGACUGUAGACGUCUUGCUACAAAACAUCAACAGUAUACCGGAGCCGAGCACACAAACUGUGGGACAAGAUUUAUAUUUCGAAAUCCUUGAGCUUCAACCCAUAAAAUUAUCCCUGUCUUUUAUGCGGACAGAAAGGGUGAAUAGCGAAGAAAAAUUAAGCAUCAGAAACCCUCUUGCUGUUGUCGUCAAUGCCUUAACGAUGACGGUUGGCAACAUCAAUGAUGCCCCUCUUGAAUUGAAUGCCCUUGCAAUCAAAGAUAUGCGACUGACAAUGCCAGAGUUGCAGAGCCGAAUCAUGUACCAUUAUAGGCAAGAUGUUUUGCGGCAACUAUAUCGGAUAUUGGGUUCUGCCGAUUUUAUUGGCAAUCCCAUUGGCCUCUUUACGAAUGUCAGUUCCGGAGUUGCAGAUAUUUUCUAUGAACCUUUCCAGGGAGUCAUAGUUCACGGUAACAAAGAAUUAGGUAUCGGAAUAGCAAAGGGAGCUGCCAGCUUCGUCAAGAAGACAGUCUUUGGCGUCAGUGACAGUUUCACUAAGUUUACUAGCAGUGUUGGCAAAGGUUUAUCAGCAGCGACAUUUGAUUCGGAAUAUCAAGCACGCAGGCGUAUGACACAAAGGCGCAACAAACCUCGACACGCUAUCUAUGGCGUAGCGGCAGGCGGAGAAGCAUUUGCCAGCAGUGUCACUAGUGCUAUGGAAGGAGUUUUUAUGAAACCCUUGGAAGGUGCUGAGUCAGAAGGGGCAUUGGGCUUCUUCAAAGGUGUUGGGAAGGGUUUAGUUGGUGCGGUCACCAAACCUGUAGUCGGUGUAUUCGACCUUGCCUCCAAUGUCUCAGAAGGUAUACGAAAUACGACGACGGUCUUCGACAACCCUGAGAGAGAUCGUAUGAGAUUGCCACGAUUGGUUCCAUCAGAUGGUGUUCUUCGGCCUUAUUCAUCGCGAGAGGCUUUGGGCCAGUCGUGGAUGAAGGACCUGAACGACGGAGCUUAUAGACGCGAGUUCUAUGUAGCACACAUAAAUUCGCCAGGUGCGGAUAAUGUCAUUCUUCUCACAGCUUCCAGAGUUCUUUCUUUCUGGUCGAAGAAACUUCGUCUCGAGUGGGAACUACCUUUCACGCAAAUUCAAGGUGUUACCGUUGAGGACACUGGGAUUCGGUUUGCACACAAGGCCGGCAAGGAGCAAGAUAAAUUUGCAUUCAUUCCAGAUAAAGCUUCGCAGUCAUGGUUUUUCAAUCAGGUGGCCUCAGUAGUCAAAUCAUUCAACGCCCGUAGAAGGAUGGAUGGCUAG